CAUUCUUUCAAUUCAUUUUUACGUGAGGAAGAAUGAUCGCGGUGGUCUUAUUGGAGUUGUCGUAGUUUUUUUUUUUUAAUUAAGUGGUGCAGUGAGUGAACUAGUGUGGAUAUUAACCCGGCAAUAGAGUGAAAACACAACCAUGUUCAGCUGGUUAAAGAAGGAAGGUGAAAAAACCGAAAGCAUCGAGAAUGUCGUGGAGGGGCUCAAAAGAAUAUAUCGCACGAAGCUCCUGCCGCUGGAGCUGCACUACCAGUUCCACGACUUCCACUCCCCGCAACUGGAGGAGCCAGACUUCGACGCGAAGCCGAUGAUCCUGCUCGUGGGGCAGUACUCGACCGGCAAAACGACCUUCAUCAAAUACCUGCUCGAAAGAGACUUCCCGGGCAUCCGGAUAGGGCCGGAGCCCACCACAGACAGGUUCAUCGCGGUCAUGUUCGACGAAAAAGAGGGCAUGAUCCCCGGCAACGCUCUCGUCGUCGAUCCAAAGAAACAAUUCCGGCCUCUGAGCAAAUUCGGCAACGCCUUCCUGAACAGAUUCCAGUGCUCCACGGUGAACUCGCCGGUGCUGCGCGGCAUCUCCAUCGUGGACACGCCGGGCAUCCUGUCGGGGGAGAAGCAGCGCGUGGACCGCGGGUACGACUUCACGGGCGUGCUGGAGUGGUUCGCGGAGCGCGUGGACCGAAUCAUCCUGCUGUUCGACGCGCACAAGCUGGACAUCUCCGACGAGUUCCGGCGCAGCAUCGAGGCGCUGCGCGGCCACGACGACAAGAUCCGCAUCGUGCUCAACAAGGCCGACAUGAUUGACCACCAGCAGCUCAUGCGCGUGUACGGCGCGCUCAUGUGGUCGCUGGGCAAGGUGCUGCAGACGCCCGAGGUGGCGCGCGUCUACAUCGGCUCCUUCUGGGACCAGCCGCUGCGCUACGACGUCAACCGCCGCCUGUUCGAGGACGAGGAGCAGGACUUGUUCCGAGACAUGCAGUCGCUUCCCCGAAACGCAGCUUUGCGGAAAUUAAACGAUUUAAUAAAGAGGGCUCGGCUGGCUAAAGUGCACGCAUAUAUAGUCAGUGAAUUACGGAAAGAGAUGCCCUCCAUGUUUGGUAAAGACGGGAAAAAGAAGGAGUUGAUUAAAAACUUAGGUCAAGUGUACGACAGGAUACAAAGGGAGCAGCAGAUCUCCCCGGGUGAUUUCCCUGACAUAAAGAAAAUGCAGGAAACUUUAGCGAAUCACGACUUUACAAAGUUCCACCCCCUCAAGCCCAAGCUGCUGGAGGUGGUGGAUCACAUGCUGGCCACGGACAUCGCGCGCCUCAUGGACAUGAUCCCUCAGGAAGAUGUCAACGUUGUCACGGAGCCCCUCAUCAAAGGCGAGGAGCCGGCGCUGGAGCUGAACGGGCUGCACGCCAAGCGCGGCUUCCUGCAAGGGGGCGCGUUCGAGGGCGUAGAGGACCAAGUGUCGCCGUUCGGCUACGGGCGCGGCGAGGGCGUGGACGCGGGCCACGGCGACCCCGAGUGGAUCUGCAGCAAGGAGAAGCCGCAGUACGACUCGCUGUUCCGCUCGCUCAACCCCAUCGACGGCAAGGUCACCGGCGCCGCCGCCAAAACGGAGAUGGUGAAGUCCAAGCUGCCCAACUCCGUGCUGGGCAAGAUCUGGAAGCUGUCGGACAUCGACAAGGACGGCUUCCUGGACGAGGAGGAGUUCGCGCUGGCCAUGCACCUCAUCCGCGUCAAGAUCGACGGCCACGACCUGCCGCCCGAGCUGCCGCCGCACCUCGUGCCGCCCUCCAAGCGCAACUAGCCCGCACACCGCAACCUACUACCUGGGGAAGUAGACCCUUCUACCGCCCCCUUAGGGCCACUCGUGGACUAGCGACCGCUACAUACCUCCAACUAUCUACAGGACUACUAGCGUCUUACUGCAAGGAGUACCUCGACUGACAGCUGCAUGUCAUGCAAUUAUAGUCUGGCAAGUUCGUUGAUAACACUCAUGAUAUGCGGGCGAUGGGCGGAAAGACUGCGUCGGUGUGAAAUCGUGCAGCAUCGGGAGUUUUACGAACGAAGUUGCCAAGCUAUGCCACUGCACACCUCAACCUGUCGCCAUUCUAAGACAACUAGUGCUCAAUGACGACCAUUUCAAACCUCCAACAACUGAAGACGAGUACCGCGUCUGCAAGCUGUUCACCUCGACUGACGGCUGCACGUGACGGCCGUAUACGCAACUAGUGCGUAAAAGCGACCAUUGCACUACUAGCGAGCUGUGUUUGGAACACGGCGGGUGCAAAAGAGGAUAAGUUGCUAACAAAGUACUGUGAGCUUUGUCCUGAUAUCCUAGGCGUUAACUCAGAUGUACCACUUUACAACUACAAUAAAGCGUGUUAUACAAGACGACGAAAAAAAACGACCGACUGAACGCUUCUAAUGUAACUUAUUCUAAUUAUUAUGAUAAUUUUGUCAAAAGUUUAUUAGGAUUUUCAUCCAUUAAACACAAUGUGUGAAAUUCAUUUCUAGUUUCUGAUCUACUAUCAAAUGGAACUCAUUUUUCAAUAUUGAAUAGAGGCCGAUGGGAUUCUUUAUUAAAUGAAGUAAAUGAUUACAGUAAAACGGAUUCACGGAAUAAGUUUGGUAAUGAAUAUUUUCGAGUUUUGAGUUGUUCAUUUUGAGUUUAGUUUGCACACGACGCUUGCUUUGUCCUGUGCGGUGGCGAGCAGCACUGUUCCGGGGCAUCAGUGACCCAGCAUGCGAUUACGACAUCUCCCGUCACGAGGGAGACUAAUGUCGACCAAUAGCGGCGAGGUCGAAAAUAGAUUGCAAUUCCAUUGCAACAACAGAGCGAUUUUUCGAUCGUUUUCGAUUUCGUCGUUAUUGUAUUGGUCGAAUAUGUCACGAGAUAUCCCUAGUCCUACUGAUUACUACUCGAUGCAUACAAAUGUGUGAUUCGAUUACAACAUCUUGUAAAACGAUUAAAGUAAAUCCUCUCUGUGCUGUUCCACAGAUGUCUAUGAAAUUAAUUGGUUCUGUGUAAUUAAUGGAUAUAAUAAAAGCUAUCUAACUACAUAUUUAAUUGAAUGGUCUAUGGAUGCGAAGACUUGUCUGUCGAGGAACUGUCAACCGAGGUUCGAACUGUAUCUGUGAAAGUUAUACCAUUCUACAGAAGGUUAGGCUUUAACCACAUAAGACCAAUUUCAUUCCAAAAUUUUAAAAAUAAUAGAGUUGUACAUACAAAUAACACUUCAAUUUGAACUAAUUGUUUAGCCUUUAAACAAUGCUUAUGUUGGCACUGCAAGUGUGGUUAGACCUUAUUUGUUGAACAAAUCUAACUUUAGUUGUUCAUUUGCAAUACAAAUUCAUAAUAAAAUUGUGCAAUAACCGUCGCUUCAUGUAACACGAGCAGUGGCGUGCCCCGAACAAUCAUUACAAACUAGUAUUGGAGAAACGAUUUUACAUUUUGUACAAUUUAUACGCAGCUAUAGUGCCUGCCCCUGUUCAAAGUUCUGUGCACGCCACUGAUGCCGAGCGAACCUAACGUUCGGCCCAAAUUGUAUUACAAUACUAAUUAAUUAUAAAUUGUUCUUAUGAAUCGUUCAAUAGAGUUAUAUUUUUGGUAAUUGUAAUGUUAAAUUGUUGCUAUGUUUCUAAUGUUUAGCUUUACCGCCCCGCGCCGGGGGGACCACGGCUGUACUGACUCGUACUUUCACUGUAAUACGAAACAAUAUAUAUAUAUAGUUCAAGUAGACAGAGGGCCUGUGAUAGCUAGACAUGCUUUAUUCUAAGAAAGAUGAAACUUUGUCAGCCCACACUUCUACCGAAGGUAAAUGCGGUAGCAAACUAAAAUUUGGACCUACGUAGCUUUUGACGGCCUCCGUAGCGUAGGCACGGUGGAUUUACAAAACGGCGGUCCUGGGUUCGAUCCCCGGCUGGACUGAUUGAGAUUUUCUUAUUUGGUCCAGGUCUGGGUGGUGGGAGGUUCUGCAUAAAGUGUGGUAUAUCAGGCCAUCGCAGGCCACCUCUGUUAGACAGAGUGAUACAGUUGUAUAGCGACGAGCUCCCUGCGGUGCGGCUGCGAGUUAAUUUAUUGCUUAGGCGAGACUCGUUGGUGCUUCGGAAGUGUGAGCGAGCCCUGACGCGGCGACGCGACUUGUAAGUGACCUUAGCCAUGUGGCACGUUGAUUCUCUUUCUCCAAACGCUAACGCUUCCAAAACUAACAAAAUGGAGGUAUGGGAAUGACAGAUCAGUGUGCCUAGUGGGAGUUUUCAAUAUUUUCAUACUGUUAACGUAAACGCGAAUUUAUAUGGAAUUUAAACAGUUGUGCCACUAGAUGGCGCUGUUUCAAUUCCUUAGAAAUUCGGCUUAACGUUAACGCAUCGUCACAGUAUCGAACUGUCACUAGACCCUCCGACGGCAACUUGAUCACGUGACCUGUCGAUAGCAAGUGUCAUUCCCAUACAUUUUUCUAGUUUUCGAAGCGUUAGCGAUCGUAGAAAGAGAAUCGACGUGCCACAUGGCUACAGGCCCAAGGUUUGAUAAUAAGCGUAGCCGACCAGUCGCCAUUUUAAUAUAUUUUUUUAAAUGUAAUUAAAGUGGUAUCAUUGUUAGGUUGAUCCUACUUGAUAGUUCUAAACUUAUCAUGGUUGUCGUCAUAUUUGUUGAUGUGUCUAAAUGUGACUCGGCACCUUAUUUACACAAUGCUUCAAUGGUGUCUGGGAAUGGGAGCAAAGAUAUAAUUGUCGUCGCAUUAUAUGUUGUGGUCCUAGGUAAAAAUCAAUAUUUUUAUUAUAAUUUAAUACAUGAAUGACUUCAGUAUGUAUAUUAGCGCGUCAGGGCUCGAGACGUAUUUUAUAAAACAAUACUUAUUAUUACUCGUCACUAAAAUAUAUUUUAUAAGUAUAUUUUGUUUAAAUUUAAUUAUAAUUAUUUUCAUAUCAAUCUAUUUUAGUUUAGAUAAAUUACGCUAUGUGUGUAUUCACGGACAUUUUUCAUUUUUCUAACCAACAUGUAUGUUGUUCCUAUUAGAUGAUUUUACAUUAAAUUAACAGAAUGUUGUAUUUACUGCAGGAUGGAAAAAGCUUAUUUAUUUAGUGCUCUAUAUUUUAUUUUUUAUCUUCAUUUUGUGUUGUUUGUGAUACGUUUCAAUACAGAACUGUAUCUUCUGUAGGUUAUAAUUUACUAUUAGCUAAUUUUUUGUAAUUCAAGUUUUAAAUACCAAUAUUAAUAUUGUAAACAAAGUUCUUUAGUAAUGAUGUCAUCCCAAGAUAUUGUAUUACAUAUGAAGGUCAGAUCACUGGUCGGCAAUAUAAUUUUCAAUACUAUCCCUAAGUACUUAGUUGCUUGUCUCUAUGUAAACGGCUGGUGUAUGAAAACUUUUGAUAUUUAAUUCAGUUGGUCAUCGACUACAGUAGGUACAGUUGUUAUCAUCAAAGACGUGUCGCUAUUUACAGUCCUUUUCAUGAAAGAAGUCCCCCAGAUGCGGCGCUAAUGUCAUUUGGUAAUGGCCGUCUUAAUGUGAUUUGUGUAAGACGCUGUCAAAUUUAGUUCAGCUUUUAGCCGCGCGACUUCUUUCAUGAAAAAGACUACAUCAAUUAUUUGUAGCUGACAUCUCAACAAAUAAUGUGCUGUGUGUUUGUGUGAAUAAUAGAUGCAAUUUUAGUCACUUUUCAGCUUAAACAGAGAAAUAAAUAAACGAUUGGUUUGCUGUUGUAAAUCAAAAUAUAUUUCGAUGGUCUCAACACAACACCGAAGCAUUAUUUCACUUUAUGCUUGUGUUGAGCUAAUUGCAACUAAUUGUAGUGUAGUUUCUGCAGCUCACAAUACUUUAUAAUUGAUUUAUUUUUUUGGUGAAGAUACGAUGUAUGUUUUUCAUCUGUCUAAUUACUUCUCUGUCUAUUCAGUGUGUUACACUUUAUUUUAAUAGACACACACAGACACACAGUGUGUUAUUGUAUUGAGGAUGAGGUACAAAUAAUGUAAAUAUUAGAAUACGACUUUGGUGAUAACCUGUGAAGUCUGCUUAUUUUGUCUAUUUUAGAGCAUUUAUUAAAGGCAACAAAGUGCCUUGCUCCGAGUUGUAAGCUUUUCUAUAUCGAGAACAUUGCCUUCAUUCACUUACUUACCUUUAACUUAUAAUUAGGAUACAAGAGAUGCAAUCUGUGACGUCUGAAACUAUAGAUAUAAUUUAUUAUAUUAUGUAUCUUCAAAACCUUUUCAAUCUAAACUUUUUUUUUAUAAAAUUGACCAAGUUAAUAUCUCUUUACUAAGUCCGCGUGUACCUACUUCAGUUUUUCACAAAUUCCGCGGGCUUUUAUCGGGAUAUUGUGUAGACACGUUUUAGGAAAUUUAAUAACACGUGUCUUAAACGGUGAAGGAAAAACAUUGUGAGGAAACCUGAAUACCUGAGAAUCUUCAUAAUUCUCUACGUGUGUGAAGUCUGCCAAUCCGCAUUGGGCCAGCGUGGUGGACUAUUGGCCCUCUCAUUCUGAGAGCAGACUCGUGCUCAACAGUGAGCCGAAUAUGGGUUGUUAAUGAUGAUGUGUUAAUCCAGGGUAUAAUGUAUUUCCAUUCCACCAUCAAAUCCAAUCAGUAGUUGUUGAGUGAAAGAUAUAAACAUCCAUACAUACCUUCGCGUUUUUAAUAUUAGUGGGAUAUAGUAUGACGUCACAAGACUGCUUGCACGAGUUGCAUUAUGUAUGUCAGGGAAUAACCGGGCGCUUUAUCUUGUAUUUGGAUAUUUGGAUAUACGUACAGUGUGGGCGCACCCGACGCUCUGUGGGAGGUAUAUUUGUAAAUAUGGAGAUUUUGAUGUGAUUUCAAAUGUUUUGGAAUGUAUUUUACGGCGUCGCAUUGAGCAGCGCGUGCCUUCAGCGCUGCGCUUGCGUCGUGUGUCGCACCGUGCGCUGCGCGUGCUGCGUGCGUCGUGCGUUGCUGAAUGCGACGCGCAAUGUUUUUACAUUUGCUACUGUGUGUACAUAAAUAAAUAAAUAAUUAUAUGUAAAUGUAUUUAUCAAAUUAUACACAGAGUGUAAUAAAUAGUUAAGAAAAAAGCCGAUUGUGUUUUAAUACGAGUAUGACAUUUUCUUUUUUCUUGGUUUAAAAAACUUUUACGUAUGGAAUUAAUUCUACUUUAAUAGUUUCAAUUGUACCUACGAUUUAAGCAGUUGUCUAAAUAAUUAACCUAUAUUCAAAUGUUUCUACAAAGCCUGGAGCUUAAACUUUAGAUCCAUCAGUCGUCACACUGUUUUCAAUGUGGGAUGGCUUGGGGCGAUAAGGUUAGGCUCUGUAGCAAUCGCUAUCUCCUUAAUAAUGACAAUGGAAAGAACUGGUUCAAAGUGCUCUCCAAGGCAUGGGGAGAGUAAUUUGGUAAGAUCCUAGUAGCUUUGAUGUAUGGCUGCAUCUACUUAUCUCAGCAGGCUAUACACAUGCGCAUUUUGGCGUGUUACAACUUCAGAGCGGACUAGAAGUUUGAAACAGCUAAUAGGGAUUUUAUAAAAGAGUACCUACAAGAAAACAAAAUAACUAUUUUAAUGUAAUUUAUUACUUAUUAAUUCCAAUAUAUUUGUUUUAUAUUAUCAGUUAAAAGGAAUAACACUUCGUUUACCCUUGAAUUUAAAAUGCUUUGAUAUAUUUUAUUCUUAUAUAUUGCAUCUAGACAGUCCCUGUUAAUCCUUAUUUAUUUUUACAAUUUCUCCUACCAGUCGCCUCAUCAGACUAUAACAUAUAAAAAAUACAGAACUAAAUAAAACUGUACUUAUAAAACCAACACUGGUACAUAAUUUCCCAUUUCCGAGACAGACUGAACUUUCCCUGCAUCAGUCAAUUGCCCUACAACACAAGGUGUCAGUGAAGAAUAAAAUUUUAACAGUACAAUAUUAAGUAUAAUACAAUUAAUGUACCUAGUAUAAAAUAUAAAAAAAACUACAGAACAAUGAA